UCACAAAAUCCUCCAGUCGUUCAAGCCCGCUCCAGCUGUUCAGACGUGUAUUGCGCGCCCAGAUCUAAGACGGGGGCGCCCGACAGCCUCGUGUGUGAGUGUGUGUGAUUGUGUGUGUGAGGGUGUGUAUGUGUGUGUGCGCGCUCAAGUGUAUGCACCGUACUUGGAUUUCAAACGAGAGUACCCAAUAAUCUGGUUAUUCACACACCGUUCACAAGGAAUUUCGGCGGCCUUCGCUGGCAAAUGAAAAACAAUACCAAAACAAUUGAAAAAGGUCCCCUUUUUCGCCACUAGACGCCAUCUUGUUGUGUGUCUAUGCUUUGUGAGUGUGCCAAUCCGAAAAUUGAAGAAACGGAGGCAGGAAACACACAUUAACAAAACUCAUUUUGGGAAUUUCUUGUUUUCUUUUGUUAAAAAAAACAAACGCCAAUUGCAUCUGUUUACCCUCGAGUGGAUUAUCUUACCUUCAUCAUCUUUCGUGACUGUUAUUCCCGGACUUUGGCCACCAUAGAUUCCAAGAAAGAAAUACCAAAGCCCGAGGAUAAAAAUUUGAUGGAUGAAAGGUGAAUGAAAUAGUGGCAAUGUGGCGGCUCUCCUAUCUGUGAUUGUGUCUCUGUGUUUGUCUGGUCUGUGUGUGUGUGUGUGUGUGCUGGCGUAAACGGGAAAAAAAAAAAUCCGUGGGCGCGCGCGCGCGCGCGCAUCCGAACGACUUUUUGGAGGAAACAUAAAAAAGAAAGAAGAGGAAAACGGGUGCCGCGAGAGCCGCCGGGUCGUCCGCGAGGUGGCGUCCGUUGGGCAGUGCACGACGCACGGAAGGAAACUGGCGGUGGACUGGCUGCGUUGAAGCGACUGGCCUCAUGGCAAACCAUGCCAUCGUCAAUCAAAGCAGCCAAACGAGCAGUCCAUCGACACACCGGAAUCUGGUCAUUAUCAGUCCGGAAGAAUUGGAUCGGCCACACCGAUCAUCACAAAUGGAACUCGUACCAGACAGGCCGUCAAGGAUACCCGCAUUGGCUCCCGCACGGCCAGCCACUGCCGCUCUGCCGGGCGUCGCUGUUCGAAUUCAAUCGACGAGGCGAGUCACGUCGCCGCUCGUCGUUCCAAGAGUCGCCGCACCGACAUUACCCCUCCGGCAACCGAUAACCACCUACACGACAAAUGGCAGCAACAACAACUCCACGAUUAGUAACAAUCGAUCGUUAUUGUUGGCAUCGUCGUCUUCGACGUCGUCGUCAACGUCAUCGAAUGAAGCGGAAGUGAUAACCUUAUCUCAACCUCGGCCGGACGGUGAACGCGUUCGAAACGAGUACAUCGACACGCCACUGAAAGGUGGUCUGCGUUCGACUCCGCUCCACGCCGAAACCCACAUCCACAUAAGCGGAUCGCCUCACGAUCAUUUGGCAUUGGUCAGCCCGUUGGGUAGUCAAUCCUCGUCCAAAACGUGUUCGACAAAGUCGCUGCCAUUCAACCACACGGCCAACACGCCGCUGACGUCUCCAUCGUUGAAACGUCUGCAGAGCACGCGCCGUUCGUUGCCCAUCACCAAACAACCGACCUUCACCAAAGAUUCGUCUGCUGCCAAUGCGGCGUGUCGUGUGCGCGAUGGCGGAGCCCUCCAUUGUCCGUCUACGUCGUCGCCGACCUCGUCCUCGACGUCGCGGAUGGUCUUCUCUUCACCUGGCAGUCAGAGCAGCGGUGGUGGUGAUUCCGUCAUUUGUCCCGAUUGUGAUCGAUGUCGUUGUUUAUCCUGCCGGACUCCUCGCCCUCUGCCGUCCAAGUGGUUGUGCGGCGACAAGUGCCUCUGUUCGGCCGAAUCGUGCGUCGACUACGCCUCCUGUCUCUGCUGUGUCAAAGGUCUCUUUUACCACUGCGGAUCGUCGUCGGACGAUGGCGCUGACGACGACGACCUCCGUCGACGUAAUCGAUACCAUCCGCAAUCGCCGUCGAACGCGACUGCAAACAAUGGAUCGUGUGCCGAUGCUCCGUGUUCGUGCGUCCCCAGCCAUCAUCGGAUGGCCCGAUGGGGUUGUUUGGCGUCUUUAACUCUGGUCCUGCCUUGUUUGCUUUGUUACUGGCCUCUUCAAGGAGGUGUCAAAGUGGUGGAAAUGUGCUACCAGAGGUGUACCCGGCACGGAUGCCGAUGCGAUCAGCAUCAACAAAGGAGAAGACCUACGUCAUCGUCGUCGGCAUCGUCGCAGGCCGCCUCUUCGAAAACUGCCGUCGUCGUCCAGCCUCUACCCGCCAAUUCUUUGGGCAAACGUCUUUUAGAUAUUUAAAAAACAACA